UCAGCAUCAAAUUCCACUUGGGACAGUAUCAACAACUCACAGACCUUCGGAACUGAAGUCCCUGGGUCGUACUUUUGAACCCAAAUUAACUCUUAUUGCCAGCCUUUCAUCGUUCCUUCUCUAACCGCGCCCCGCCCUUGAAUGCGCGUCGAGUUGAACACCGCACAACGUCAUUGACACAGGUUUCCAAUGUCUUCAGCCGAUGAAUCACCCGCUCAGCGAGCAGCCCGAUUGCGGCGCGAACGCCGUGAGGCCAAGAUAAAGGAGGGAGGAGUGUCUCGUUUAGACAAAAUCACAAGCUUGAGUGGACGAACACCCUCAAAAGAUCGUGAGGAGGCGUCACCGUCUCCUUCCCCACAGCCUCCCGUUGCUGGCCUCUCCCCAAGCCCCGAACCACGAGCAACGCCGCAACAAGCACAACAAACAUCUAGCCAGGCACCACCACAGCCGAGUGUCGAAGACGUAUCUCCAGAUGCGCUCCGCCAACAGGAAGAGGCUCUCCGUGCCCUCCUCCGCCAGCCAGAGCCCUCUCAACAGGAAGGCGGCGAAGAAGAAGACCCGACCUUGAAACUCUUGAACUCUCUCAUGGGCGGAAUUCCUGGCGCCGCGCAGGGUGCCAAUCCCGGUGGGGGUCCGGGCGGAGAUGCUCCAGGUGGUAUCCCUGCGGGACUUGCUUCUUCACUUGGUCUUCCGCCGUGGAUGGCGGACGUGCUUGGCUCUGCAUCACAGCCACCGUCUGAGGAACAAAAGAAGGCUGUCUUGACCUGGAAGAUUCUGCACAUUCUGUUUUCGGUGGUGCUUGGGGUCUACAUUGUUUUCCUGGCCAGUUCGUCUGUUGCAACGUACGGCAAACAACCGCCGCCUCCGGCCACAGCACGGAAUCCAUUCCUUUUCUUUACGACGGGAGAGCUUGUGUUGAGCGGGGCGAGGAUCAUCAUGAAGAAUGGUGGGCCACCUGGGCCAUUUCUUUACAUUCAGCUGCUGCGAGACUUUAUUCGCGAUGGCAGUAUCGUUCUCUUCUUGUUUGGUAUGGGCUCUUGGUGGAAUCAGGGAUGGUAACAGCCUUCAUAGCCUUUGAAAUUUAUGUUCCAAUUUCGACCAUUCUAUGAAGAAGUCAUUCAUAUAGCUGAUUGAAAAUAAUUUCAUCUGAACGAAUUUACUUUGCAUUGUGAUGCCCGCAUUUCUCAAACUUCCCCCAACCCGGGCUUUUCUUUUGAACGUACCUGCGUAUAGUUGACUCCAUACCAGGAAUAUACAUCUUGAUAAUGGGGAGCCCACAAACUCCCCACAACCCACAACCCACAUU